GGGGGCACUGACUGUAGACACAUUUAAAGAGGAGAGUCCAACAACAUAAUCUGCUGAUCACAAAUAAACACAACACACCAAACCAGUGAAGACUGUAAGGGCUUAAAGAAACAACCUUCGUUUGGUGACCGGUACAGCAGUAUGAGUUCAAAGGAAGGCACUGGCGUGCUGAAAUCCGAAACAGAUGAACCCAAAGCUACAGGUAGUGUCAAUGAGAAGUUGUUAUGUCACUAUUUGCACCGCAUCUUUCCUGAAUCGAGUAAACCCGGACCAGCAUCUGCAGCACACAGAAAACCACUGUCGUUCGAAAACCUUGGAGAUCAUCUGGAGAAACUGUUGACUGAGGAUGAUCUUCCUGAGGACGGUCAAGAUCAGGUGGAAGGCUGUCUCGGACCUAAGACUGUUGUUCUGGAUCACAGCAGUGGAUUUGAAGGGCUGCUAUUUGUUGACGAUGACCUCUUAGGGGUGAUCGGCCACAGCAACUUCAGUUCAAUCAGAGCCACCACAUGUGUUUACAAAGGGAAAUGGGUCUACGAAGUCCUCAUCUCAUCUCAAGGGUUGAUGCAGAUUGGCUGGUGCACAAUAAACUGCAGGUUCAACCAGGAGGAGGGAGUUGGAGACACGCCAGACUCGUACGCUUAUGACGGGAACAGAGUUCGCAAGUGGAACGUUUCAACCACCAACUAUGGCAAGUCUUGGGCUGCUGGAGAUAUCGUCAGCUGUCUGAUAGAUUUGGAUGAAGGAACAAUUACAUUUUGUUUAAAUGGACAGUCUCUUGGUGUGGCAUUCAGUAAUAUUAAGAUGGGGCCCAGCAUAGCUUAUUUUCCAGCCAUCAGUUUGUCAUUCAAGGAGUCUGUAGCAUUCAACUUCGGCAGCCGUCCUCUCAGGUACCCUGUGGAGGGUUACCGUCCACUACAAAGCCCACCAACCUCUGACCUCAUCAAAGCCAACAGACUUCUGGGAUACAUCAAAACUCUUCUGUCCACCACCAUUGACACAGAGGAGGAAAAGGUUGUUGAGAGCAGCAGUGCAUCAUGGCAGCUUCAUGGCGAUUCGACGGUCCUGAUGACCCUUGCACAUAUAUUUAACCAUUUUUCACCUCUUAUGUGUAAAGUUUAUUUGGUGGAGGAUGUGUUGAUGAAGUUCUUGUUGAGUAUACUGGAAGGUGGAGGAUCGGUUGAAGAGCAUCCGCUUAUACAAGAAUUGCUUGAUCUGUUCUGGCUGCUCAUGGAGGACUAUGAGGUGAACGAGUGUUUGAAACAGCUGAUGAUGUCACUGCUGAGAGCGUAUCGCUUUUCUCCCAUCAUUCCUGAUUUGGGAUUUCAGAUUCAUUACCUGCGUCUGACCGCGGCAAUCCUCAGUCAUGAGAAGUCCAGGAAGUACCUGCUCAGCAACGUAUUGUUCGAUGUGCUGCGAUCUGUGGUCUUCUUUUACAUCAAGACUCCUCUGAGGGUGAACGAGGCGGGGCUAGAUGAACUGAUCCCAACCACAUGGUGGCCAACGCGCUUCGACAAAGAGGGUAAAGAUGAGAGAGAUACACGAGAAGAGACAUCAGAGGAGAGGCUGAAACGCCGGGCAUACGAGCGAGGCUGUCACAGGCUAAAGAAAAGGAUUGAGGUUGUGGAGGAGCUACAAGUUCAGAUUCUCAGACUGAUGUUAAACAACAAGGACAAAGGAACGGAAACGGGGGAAGCUUCCCGAUACAUUUUCCUAAACAAAUUCCGCAAGUUUCUGCAAGAGAACGCCAGCAAUCGAGGGAACCCCACAGUUUUAUGUCCUCCUGAAUACAUGGUGUGCUUUCUACACCGGUUGAUCACGGCCAUCAGGAGCUACUGGGAUGAAGGGAGGGAAAAAUGUCCUGGAACCAUCAGCAGUGAAGACGCCUAUGUUCCCCCUCAGCUGUUUUACAACGGGAAGGUGGAUUACUUUGAUCUUCAGAGGCUCGGUGGACUUCUUUCGCAUUUGAAGAAGACACUAAAAGAUGACUUGGCCACAAAGGCCAACAUCAUCAUAGACCCAGCGGAGAUCCAAGCCACCUCCAUGGAUGACCUGGAUGAAGAUGAGGAGUCGGGAGCCACACAGAGACCAUCUGGCGCCAUUGGUGGUGCAAUGGCUCGUCCCGGCUGGUUGAGCUCGCCGACCCUGGGCCGGGCCAACCGGUUCCUCAGCACCGCCACCGUCAGCCUCAUGUCCCCCGGACGACCACUCGCCCCACCUGAGAAGGUUAAAGUCCGGACGCUUGUAGUAGACCAAAGAACAGAGGAAGACAUUGAGGGAAGCCAUAGUAACGACGGACUGUUGCUGGGGCGACCGUUAGAAGAGACCGAUCAGCCAAUCGCGGAGAAGUCUCUUCUGGAAAUCCUGGAUGGAGUUGUGAUGAUGUAUAAUUUAAGUGUCCAUCAGCAGCUCAGCAAGAUGGUGGUCAUAUCUGAUGAUAUUCAUGAAUACGCAGUUGCCCUUAAGGACAUAGAGGAUAAGAUCGCCCAAUGCUCAAGCAAAAAAGCGGAAAUUCUAGAGGAGUUGCAAAAGAGCCAAAGAGUGUUUGCUGAGAAGUUAAACCACUUGAGUCGCAGGCUGGCCUGGAUCAACGUCACCAUCUUUUCCAAGGAGAAGAUGUUGGAUGUUUACUGGCUCCUACGUGUAUGCAUCCGCACCAUCGAGCAUGCGGACAACACAGGCUCCUUGUUCGCAUUCAUGCCAGAAUUCUACCUCAACGUGGCCAUGAACAGCUACAGCGCCCUCAAGAACUACUUUAGCCCAUCCAACUGCAUGGAAGAACUGCCAGAGUAUGAGGAGACGCUCACACAGCUCGCUGCCAUUCUCUCCAAACACUUUGCAGAUCCGCGGAUCGUCGGUACAGAUAUUAAAGAUUCUCUGAUGCAGGCUUUGGCCAGUUACGUGUGUUAUCCACAGUCCCUGAGAGCCGUCGAGAGGAUCCCAGAGGAUCAGCGGAUGGCUAUGAUGAGGAACUUACUGGCUCCAUAUGAACAGAGACCCUGGGCUCAAACCAAUUGGAUUCUGGUUCGUCUCUGGAGGGGUUGUGGCUUUGGCUACAGGUACACUCGCUUACCUCACCUGCUGAAGACCAAACCUGAGGAUGCCAACUUACCCAGUCUGCAGAAGCCGUGCCCAUCACUUCGGCUCCAGAAACACAUGGCCGAUCUCCUCAGUCGAGACAAAGACAUGGCUGCCAGUUUCCUCAACAGUGUCCUCAACCAGCUCAACUGGGCUUUCUCAGAGUUCAUCGGCAUGUUACAGGAGAUCCAGCAAGCGGCAGAGCGACCGGAAAGGAAUUUCGUGGACACACGGCAACUAAAAGUGUGCGCGACCUGCUUUGACCUGUCUGUAAGUCUGCUGCGGGUUCUAGAGAUGACUGUUACUCUAGUACCGCAGAUAUUCCUGGACUGGUCCCGCCCCUCUGCUGAACUGCUGCUUCGACGAUUGGCUCAGCUACUGAACCAGGUGCUAAAUCGAGUUACAGCGGAAAGAAACCUGUUUGACCGAGUGGUCAACUUGCGCCUCCCAGGUCUGGAAAGUGUUGACCACUAUCCCAUCCUCGUUGCUGUUACAGGGAUUUUAGUGUGUAUUCUGGUUGACUCGGACAAACAAGGGAUCUCACGGGCUACUGCGGUGCUGCUGUCAGAUCCUUGCUUCCAGCUUCGGUCCAUCCAGUAUCUUCUCGGAGAAGGAGAAUCCGGAGCCACGAGCACAGACAGCAAGCACUUUUCUCUGCACACGUACACGGACUACAUCAGCGCAGAAGAAAAGCAGAAGGUAGAACAGAUGCUAGCUUUCCUGACGGAAGAGUCCAAACAAGCGGCAGCCAGCACAGCACCAACCAGUGAGGAGGAUCUCUGCCCUAUCUGCUAUGCACACUCGAUAUCAGCCAUCUUCAAGCCGUGCUCUCACAAAUCCUGCAAGGCCUGUAUCAAUCAACACUUGAUGAAUAACAAGGACUGCUUCUUUUGCAAGGCCACCAUCACUGGAGUAGAUGAUUACACUAUACCAGGCCUCUCUUAGCAUGCGCUUCACACACACCUACACCUUUGGGUACUCAACAUGAACAUGACUUUUUCCCCAAAGACUCUCUAAAAACACACGUGCGCAGACUGGGCAUCCACCACACCCUUGAAAAGUCACUUCCAUGUUCAGUCUCUUCUCCAUCUGUUCGAUUUGGCAGUGAACCCCUCUAGUGAAUUUUGUCCUCUGGCAAAUAGACAGAGGCCUUGCAAGAUGGCAAUCGUUCCCAGGUGUCACUGUGAUGAACGGUUGAGGUCACGUUUGGAGUUGCUGUCUUAUAGGAAAGCAGUCCGAUGCUGAAUCGGAACGAUCUGAGGACAUCAAGGACGCUUGGAUACCGGAAAUGACAAAUUCUGCAUCAGAUGGAUGACUUGGUGUUCCUCUCAUACCUCCGUCACAAUCUCACUUCAUCUGUUGUCGUCGUUUUUUCUCCUCUUGGCCUGUCUCUUUAUUUUAUUACUACUUUUCUCAAUCUCUUUUUGUGUCGUCUCAUCACAAACACUUGAUAUAACAGCACAUCGUAACAAUCAGGAAAGCGGAUAUAAACUUGGUACUAGUGUACGCCUUUAAAUCAUUAUCUGCAUUUGGUAAUGUUUUUAUAUUCUAUACUGACAGCCAUAUUUGACGCACUGUAGAGCAUAACCUACAUGUUUGUGGACAUCAAAAUAUUACAUACAUUAGUAACACUAUAUGAAAUAACAUUUUAUUGAGGAUUUAUUACGCAUCACACAGGAUAAGAAUUUAUUGUGUGUGUACAGUUCGAUUUACGCCUUAGAGAAAUGCUUUUAAUUUUACCUGUAAAGAAAGUUUGAACUGGUCAAGUUACACUUUCCCCUGCAACAA